CUGGCCUUCAGCGAGGACGUGCUGAGCGUGUUCGGCGCGAAUCGGAGCCUGUCGGCGGCGCAGCUCGGGCGCCUGCUGGAGCAGCUGGGAGCCGCCCCCGCGGAGGGCGCCCCCGAGCCCGGGCGGCUGCACUUCAACCAGUGUUUAUCAGCUGAAGAGAUCUUUUCCCUUCAUGGCUUUUCAAAUGCUACCCAGAUAACCAGCUCGGACUUCUCUGUCAUCUGUCCAGCAGUUUUACAGCAACUGAACUUUUACCCUUGCGAGGAUCGGCCCAAACACAAAGCAAAACCGAGUCUUUCCGAAGUUUGGGGAUAUGGAUUCCUGUCAGUGACAAUUAUUAACCUGGCAUCGCUCCUCGGCAUGAUUUUGACUCCACUGAUAAAGAAAUCUUAUUUCCCUAAGAUUUUGACCUAUUUUGUGGGGCUGGCUAUCGGAACUCUGUUUUCAAAUGCAAUUUUCCAACUUAUUCCAGAGGCAUUUGGAUUCAAUCCCAAAAUUGACAACUAUGUUGAGAAAGCAGUUGCUGUGUUUGGUGGAUUUUACAUACUUUUCUUUGUUGAAAGAAUGCUCAAGAUGUUGUUAAAGACAUAUGGUCAGAAUGAUCAUACCCACUUUGGAAAUGAUGACUUUGGUCCUUCUCAAGAAAAAACUCAUCAACCUAAAGCAUUACCUGCCAUCAGCGGUGUGACUUGCUAUGCAAAUCCAGCUGUCACUGAGCCUAAUGGACACAUCCAUUUUGAUAAUGUCAGUGUGGUCUCUCUACAGGAUGGAAAAAAGGAGCCAAGUUCAUGUACCUGUUUGAAGGGGCCUAAACUAUCAGAAAUAGGGACAAUUGCCUGGAUGAUAACGCUCUGUGACGCCCUCCACAAUUUCAUCGAUGGCCUGGCGAUUGGGGCUUCUUGCACCUUGUCUCUUCUUCAGGGACUCAGCACCUCUAUAGCGAUCCUGUGUGAGGAGUUUCCUCAUGAGUUAGGGGACUUUGUGAUCCUACUCAAUGCAGGAAUGAGCACUCGACAAGCCCUGUUAUUCAAUUUCCUUUCUGCAUGUUCCUGCUAUGUUGGGCUAGCUUUUGGCAUUUUGGUGGGCAACAAUUUUGCUCCAAAUAUCAUAUUUGCACUUGCUGGAGGCAUGUUUCUCUAUAUUUCUCUGGCGGAUAUGUUUCCGGAGAUGAACGAUAUGCUGAGAGAAAAGGUAACUGGAAGAAAAACCGAUUUCACCUUCUUCAUGAUUCAGAAUGCUGGAAUGUUAACUGGAUUCACAGCCAUUCUGCUCAUCACUUUGUAUGCGGGAGAAAUUGAAUUGGAGUAAUAGGAAGUGAAAGAUGGUGUUGUUAGUGAAGGCAUCUAAUAAAUAAACACUUCUCCAAAGGGGUUUUUAAGCUGAUGCUAUUUAGCGAAAAGAUAAUUUUGUUUUCAACUAUGGGUCAAGGAAACUGAUGGUUAGUUUCAGAUUGUGAAACAGACCGUUAUUUGUUGUUAACAAUGCUUCAAAAGGCUUUCAGUUCCAGCUGAAAAGCCUGGUGUAUGAGAUCUUUGGUAAACACCCACUUUUCCAUGUUUCAUGCAUAUUCAAAAAUCAUCACAAAGCAAGAAACAUGCAUUCUAUAAUCAUUUAGACACAGAGACCCAGAGAAGAAUACAGGCGAGGUUGUAUAAGCCUUUAAACCCCUAUGGUAGGAUCAAAAGUUCAGUGGUUUCAGAGUGGUUUUCUUUUAAUGAAUUUGUUCUGGUGCUUUCAUGAGCAAGUACAUUGAAAUGUGGAAGAGAAUCAAAACGUAUACAACACAGAUAUAAAUGAUUCCAAGGCCUUAACUAACCCAGGAAAGAAAGAUUGCUCACAGCUUUUGCUCUGUUUCAUAUUUCAGGUAGAGACUUGUAGGUUUGUUUUGAAAACCAUCCUAAAAUAAUAUGAAUUAUGAAAUCAAUGAAGUUUUGUUAGCCCUACUAAGUUCAGACUUUGAUACUUUAUCUCUAAGUGUAAAUUCUACUAGAUUCCCUAAAAAUCUAGAAUUGCUUUUUUAUGACUUAUGUUGUGAUUGCACCACAAGAAGUGUCAGAACAGUAUGUAAAGCUGAUGACAACUCAGUUCAGUGUACAGUGUGUUUGCUUUGUGAAGGUGAAGAAUAUGUUGGUUUGUAGAAAGAAAUGGAAUGUAAUUUUAAGCAAUUUAUUUUUAAAGAUGAACACAAUUAUUUAGCAGGGGAUAUUUUAAAUAAAUGCAAAAUAACAACUGGACUGCUGUGUCAAGGACUGAUUAACUAGAAGACAUACGUUCCUUAUGGGUGAUUGAGAGUCAUUCAGAAAAGACUUGUUUUGUGUUCAGCCUACAUUUGUCCUAUAUAGUAUGCUUUGGGAAAGCAAUUCUGCACACCAUGGUUAUUUUUCUACCUUCUAUAAAAGAUGGAGCCUGUUUACUCGUUUAGCAGAUAUAGCAAGUUGGUCUAAAAUUGAACAUCCUAACCCCAAUUCACACUCCCAAGUCAC